AAAAAAAGCUAAUUUAAAUCUAAACAAAAAAAAUUUAACCUUCAAAUAGAAUUAUGACAAAUAAUCUCGUUAAUUAAGAAAUAGAAAAUUAUGAAUAUUAUAUUAAGUCAAAAUAAUUUAUAAGCGAACUUUCUAAAAAUAGAAAAGAAAUACAAAGCGAAAUUAUAGCUAAAAACCUUGUUACUGAUGAAGAGUUAAAAUAAAAAGAAUAAAAAAAAUAACAAUCUAUUGUUAAAAAAAUUAAAGAUGCUAAUUCAGAGCUUAAAAUUAUAAACUAAAAUUAUGA